ACACUUCCUCCCUCACCCGGUUUUAUCACCUUUCACCCGGAUAUAGUUUCGCCGUGUUUACAAAUUCAGAUCAAGUUGGAAACAGAACUUUAGUUAGACAAGUGUAGCAUAUUUGGUUUGAUCUUAAAUUUGACGUUACGGUGCAACGGAACUUCGGUUCCCAGCAGCGGACAACAUGGGUAGAAUUGCACCGUUUUAUGAAGGCAAGUUAGCUAAUUCUGGCCCAUUAUAACGGUAAGCCAGAGCCCGUCUUAUUAGACAUUCUCUGGGUAAGCUAAUGGCUUGAAAUCCCUCCAAAAAUCAGAAACGGCUGCCGUUGCUCGCGUUAAAGAGCAGUAUUCAAUUCAUUAGCUGUCGGAAUGUGUGAGGGCAGAAGUCAGGACAGAGAAGUCUUGUUAAAUCGUGUGAUCCAUUUGUCCAAACGGCUAGGAAGAGCAAACUGCCGCGCCACAAAAUUACCCUGAAGUCAUGGUCUCGUUCUGCGGAGAGUUCUGACGACUUGAAAAUCAAAGAUGGCUGCGCCCUGUGUUCUGUAUAUUUACCACGAAUCUACCACCAACGAAUCAGCAGCAGCAUCAGCAGCUCCCUUACCAGCAAAUGAGGCGUUCACAAAGCAACAGACUCUCUACCUCAUCGCCCUCGUGCGCCAACACAUUGAGGCAGAUGGGGAGGGGCGUCCAAGGUCCCUCACAGAGCUGAGCGGCCGCCUCAAAAAAGGCAAGAAGAGCAAGAAAGCACUCUGGGAAGAAAUGGCGUCCAAGCUGAGCAGCCAUUUCCAGCAGCUUUUCCUCCCAGAGAAGGUGUCCAGGAAGUGGACCACAUUAGUCGAGGGUUAUAAAAAGGUGAAGGACAGUAUUGCCGCCACAGGGAAGGGACCGGUGCGCUUUCAGUUCUAUGCUGAAAUGGAUGAGAUCCUGGAGGACCAGCACGACGCGGUGUCACCUGUUGUGGGAAUGUGUCAGGGUUUAGAGGAACGCAGGCCUGACGCGGUGAUACCUGUUGUGGGAACAUGCCGGGGUUUGGAGGAACGCAGGCCUGACGCGGUGGGUCCAUGCAACAUUGCAGUGCCCCUUGGCACGGCCUCCUGUGCGCCCUCGACCAGUCGACUUCCACCCAGCUCGUCCACGACCAACAUUCCGUCUCCUGGCCUGUCCACUACCAACCCUCCGUCGCCUGCCCCCAUUAUAACAUCAAGGCCUGAGUGCCCCCUACCCACCCUGGGCUCCCUGCGGCUCCUGGUUCCUCCGCUGCGUCUGGUAGCCGCCUACGUGUGGCAGGUGACGCGGAGAGGGGACGUGAUGCAGUAUGGGAUUCUGGCAGACUUCGUCUCCCUGGUGUUGGAGGCGGUCCCGGAGCUGCUCAGUCCGAAGCAUGCAGUGGAACUUAUUCUGGGUCUGCGAGCCAGGGUGGUUCUAGAACUGUGCCGUGAGGAUCAUGCUGUAGCGUCUGACGAGCUGAAGCUCCACCUGGACAGCAUCCAGCUGCUGCUGCCCGUCCACAGGCAGGAUGGCAGCCUUGGUGAUUCAGAGACUGGCUUUACGAAGCUGGUUGAAACACUCCUCGAGGACUCCGAGGAGAGAAGGAGCUUCUUCCAGGACGUGUUUCCGGAUGUGUGUGGCUCCCGUUAUGAUGAGGUGCUGCAGGUUCUCAUGUGGGACUUCCUCAGGAGACUGGAGACGCUGCUGCCAGUCCCCGAUCUGCUGCAGGUUGUGUCGUGGCUUGACGGUUCUGCUGCGUUGGCUGCUGACUGCACUGAGUGCAUCGCCCACCCUGAGAAUCUGAAGGCUUUAACCCAGUGCACUGAGGUCCUCGCUCGCCUGGAUCCUCCUAGCGCCCCCACAGUGCUGGGGGGAGUCAUCGUCUCCCUGCUCCACACCGGACCACACAGGACUGCCACCAGGGGGCAGAUGGACAGCACCACAGGGGGGCAGAUGGACACCACCACAGGGGGGCAGAUGGGUAGCACCACAGGGGGGCAGAUGGACAGCACCACAGGGGGGCAGAUGGGUAGCACCAUGGGUAACACUUCCCCUACACAGCAUCUCUAUCCACCCCUGAGCAACCCUGUGACAUUUGAGGAGAUUGUCCUGGAGAUCGUUACCAAGACCACGUGCACAGGAAUGGAGCUGGGGACGAGUUUAGCUGACGGAGAAGCAGGGGAGGAGCCGGGAGGAGGAGGAGGAGGAGAGAAGGAACCGGGAGGAGGAGGAGGAGGAGGACACAGGGCAGGGGAGAGGCAGCAGGCAGGUGUAGAGGAGGUGGACGUGGAGAUGACCGAGAGCAGUGGAGGAGAGGAGGAGGAGGAGGAGAGCAGUGGAGGAGAGGAGGAGGAGGAGAGCAGUGGCUGGGUGUCCGAGAGGGACAGGAUGAGCCAGGGUCAGUCAGGGGAGGCAGAACUCCAACAGGAAACACACGGGCAGGGUUCCACCGCCACUUCCUGUGUGGACGCAGAGCGGGCGACUGGUGGGACUGCUCCUGACUCCGCUGUCCCGGUCGGCUGGAGGAGGUCACAGGAGUUAAAACAUGGCCGCAGUUUGGAGUCAAAGAACGUCAACUCCAGUUCAGCCGUCGGCCCCAUUCGAGUAUCUGGUGGGGAAAACAGUUCAGAUGAGGCUGCCCAGACGUGGUCGCGUCCGCAGUGCCCAUUCUCCCACCAGCAGGAGGAGCUAGUGAGGCAGCACCAGGAGCUGGUUCACACUGAUCAGACUCAGACAGCGCCCCCCUCAGGAACGGCCCUAAAGGCGCACCAGCGCACGCACUCGGGGGAGCGACAGUUCACCUGCCAGCAGUGUGACAAGAGCUUCGCGCACAGCCAGGCGUUAGCGCGCCAUCGCUACACGCACGGUGCUCCGCGCCUCUACGAGUGCGGCCGCUGCCCCGAGGUCUUCCCUUCGAUAGCGGUCCGCAACGAGCACCGCCGUACGCAGCACGAGCCCAAGAACUACUGCGCCGAGUGUGACGAGCUCUUCAGUUCGUCAUCCGCUCUUCACCAGCAUCGCCGUGCGCAGCACGCCCUAACGAAUCAGUGCGCCAAGUGUGACCGGGUCUUCAGUAACCCUGCCAGUCUGAAGUGCCAUCUGCGAGUGCACCGCCAGAAGAGGCCCUACAAGUGCCCCGAAUGCCCUGCCAGCUUCCGCUGCAAUGCCAGCCUCAACUACCACAGCAGCCAAGUGCACCACGCCGAGCGCUCCUACCACUGCAGCUGCGGCAAGUCCUUCGUCUACAAGGGGGCGCUGCUGAGCCACCAGCACGAGCACUGCCACUCCAACGAGCAGCCCUUCCACUGCGACGACUGCGGCAAAAGCUUCCUGUCCAAGGACGCGCUGGGGCAGCACAUCAUGACGACCCACUUUGACGAGAGGCGCUUCCUGUGUCCACACUGCGGCAAGGUCUUCUACCACCAGCGCAGCCUGGAUAGUCAUGUGAGAAUGCACACGCGUGGGAAAGACUUCCGCUGCUCACAGUGCGACAAGACCUUCUUCAAAAGGGAGGGCCUGACCCGACACGAGCUGACCCACUCGGGCGAGAGACCCUUCCUGUGCGACGACUGCGGUAAGGGGUUCGUCUCACAAGGCGAGCUGCAGAAGCACAAGCGGUACCACACUGGUCACAAGCCCUUCCGAUGCGCGGUGUGCGACAAGAGCUUCGCGCAGUCGGGGCAGCUGACUGUGCACAUGCGCUACCACACGAACGCACGGCCGUACACCUGCCCGUCCUGCUCGAAGCGCUUCAGGACCGCCUACGCCGUCAAGAGACAUACGCGCGUACACACCGGCGAGAAGCCUUACGAGUGUGUUGUGUGCCUCGCACGCUUCCAACAGUCCUACCAGCUGAAGGCCCACCGGAAGAAACAACACACCUUAGUCCCUUAGUCGUGAUCAGUGACCCACAACCUUGCCCCUGCGCACCUAUUGUAGGAUGAAGUGGGUCUGUCUAAUGAAUGCUUUCUUAAAAAUAAAUGAAUAAAAUAAAUAGCCUGAUUUAGACAUCAAA